AUCUAAACCAAUGAAAAUAGUCGUUACAAAUUGUAUACAAACGCAGUGCUCUUUCUUUGUGCGCCAUUUUACAAGAGAGAGACCGCCACACGUUUUUUUCAAAAGUGAAGUAAUUCGUGUCAGAAAAAAAAAUGUCUGAAGAUAACCAACAAAAGAAGGACGAUGUCAAGAAUGAAACAGAACAUAUAAAUCUCAAAGUUACAGGACAAGAUGGUAGUGUUGUACAUUUCAAGAUCAAAAGGAACACACCUCUCCGCAAACUCAUGUCAGCAUACUGUGAUAGAGCUGGUCUUAAACUUGGUGUUGUCAGGUUUAGGUUUGAUGGUAAUCCUAUAAAUGAAACAGAUACACCUCAUGGGCUUGAUAUGGAAGAUGGGGAUUCAAUAGAUGUGUUUCAACAACAGACAGGAGGUUCAUCGUUACUAUGAUAUAUUUCAUAAACUUUUGGGACAGACAUUUUCUAAGCUGAGGCAGGCGCAGAACACCUUUCUUAAUCAACAACUGUGUCACUCUUUUUUAAAAAGAAAUUUCUCAACUCGUACUGGAAUCUAGGAUUAGUUGCAAUUUUUAAAAAAGUGGUUUUAGUUGGUUUGUGUUUUAACAUUUGCUUUUGUGUUAACAUAUAUGAUUAAUUAUCAGUGAAAUAAUGGACUUUAGAGAAUGUACUGAAAAGUGUUAUCCUUUGUGCAAACUUGAAAAAGUGGAUAGGAUUUAGAACUUCACAAAGAUCUAUCCAUGUUAUAUUUUGUAGAAUAUGUUGUCAUAGUCACUACAGUCAGGUGGCAUUCGAUAUCACAUCUCAUCAUUUCAUACUUACCCAUAUCAUCUUUUCAUUGUAAAUAUAUGCUUUAAUCAUGUUUAACUCAUCAAUAGCAAUUGUUUCGUGUUGUAAUAAAUUUUGAUCUGACAUAAAAAUGAAUGAUAGGUCAAAGACAUUUCAUAUUAAUAGUAGCUGUUUUACCAAGUUUCUCCACAUAAAAGAACAUAAUAAAAGUAUAUUAUAGGUUUUUGGUUAUUAUGAAAAGACAAAAGAACUUACUAUUACAUGUAUACUAGAUAUGUAUGAUUUUUCACAUUAAAAAAAUUCCACAUUGCCAUGGUGACAAAUUUUUAAAGAAGUAAAACCACCACUUCAAAAAGGUAAUUUAUUAAAAAGGAAAAGAAUUGUCACUUGCUGGCAAGUGUGAAAUCUAAAAAUACUUGGUAAAGAAAUGAGACAAUUUAAAUACUGAUUUUUGCAUUGUGUAUAGUAAAUGUUUCAUUCAUUAAAUGUUUUAAUGAAAA